UUCAUAAUGUCACACUGCUACUUCCAGCUCUUCACUAAUAUAUAUAAUUAUAAAUAAAAUUAAAAUUAAUGUACAAAUACAUUUGAAAAAGUUAAGGUGAGAAAAUGGCUCAUCUGCAUUGCAGCAAAUCCAUAGUUAUUGAAGUUCCAAGAAUCCAAUUUUAUUCCGAUGUGGGAUUCACAAUUCAAUCGAGAACACGAUUGAAGAACACCAACAACAACAACACUAGAGGGCUUGUGCACUGCUGCACUUCUUCGACAUCAACAACUCCUAAUCGGAAUAUCGAAUCGGACGACGGAAUAUUCCAAAACAAGAAGCUGCAGUUCGGUUAUCUCGUUAGUGGUGAUGAUGAUGCCGCCAGCUGGCAAGUGAGGAGAAUGGCCGAGGAAGAAGAUGAAAUGACGAGAGUAGCCGAUGUUCAAGCCGAAGCUUUUCACGAGCCCGUUUUUUUGUUCGAUGACAUGUUCUUCGAUUUCUUCAAGGCUGAAGUGCUGGCAGGCCUACUUUACAAGCUAAGGAACUCACCUCCAGACAGGUAUGCAUGUUUGGUAGCAGAGCAAAGAAGUGAACUUCUAGAAGAAACAGAGCAAGAGCUUGUAGGGGUAGUUGAUGUCACAGUUAUGAGGGAAGAUUCUGUUCUUCAGCAUCUUCCAGGGGCACAAGAGUAUCUUUAUGUCUCCGGAAUCGCCGUUCUGAACAAAUUCAGGAGGCAAAAAGUGGCGACUGCGUUGCUGAAAGCUUGUGACGCACUCUCUACGAUAUGGGGUUUCGAUUAUCUUGUACUUAGAGCUUACGAAGAUGAUUACGGCGCUCGAAAGCUGUAUUCGAACGCUGGUUAUAGAGUUGUUUCUGGAGAUCCUCCGUGGCUGACUAGCUGGAUCGGACGAAGGAGACGAAUUGUCAUGGUUAAAGGGUCUUAUAUACAAUAAUGAAUCUUAUUACAAACUCUUAUAUAUUCAUCGAAACUGUGAAUUGAUCAAAUAGUAAAGCAAUAAAUUUUGAUGUUCCCUCUCGAUCGAUCGAUAAUAAUGUUUUU